AAAAUAGACCUUCUUGCUGAUGGUGCAAAAGACUGUAUUGAAGGUUGAUGUUUCUUGUGAUAAAUGCAAGAGGAAGAUCCUCAAAGCUGUUUCAGGUCUGCCAGGUGUGGAAAAAAUAGAAAUUGAUGGAGCAAAGGGGACUUUAAGCGUAACGGGGAACGCUGACCCAUACGAGGUCAUUGUAAGAUCAAGGAAAGCUGGGAAAUUUGCGGAGGUGAUCAGUAUUGGGCCUCCACCAGCUCCUCCAAAACCAGAUGGACCGAAAAAACCCGAACAAAAAGGGCCCAAACCCGAACCCGACCCCCAGACCAUGGCCCAUAUGUUUGGGCCUCCCCCUCCGUUAGUGCCCUCAGUCUGUCCUUGCUGUCAGAGAUCACCACAUGUCGUUCACGUGACACGUAGGGAAGAACCCACCCCACAAUGCUCGAUUUUGUAA